AUCAAAGAAACCUCGCACGUGUCGCUCGAGUACGACCCGGCGUCGCGCCGCAAGGUGCUCAACACAUACGAGAUCCUCCGUGAUAUCGGCAGCGGCGAGCACGGCAAGGUCAAGCUCGCCAAGAACUUGGUCAACAACGAGCUCGUGGCCAUCAAGAUCGUCAGCAGGAAGCCCAAGGACCGGCGCCUCCGCAUGCGCCGGCCGUCCGCCGAGGCCGAGCAGCCGGCCGCCAACGCGCAUGAGGCCCGGAUCCGCCGCGAGAUCGCCAUCAUGAAGCGCUGCGACCACCCGCAUAUCGUGCGCUUCAAGGAGGUGCUCGACGACCGUGCGCUGCUCAAAAUCUACCUUGUGCUUGAGUACAUGGACCGCGGCGAGAUCAAGUGGAAGCGGCUGUCGCCCGUGGCCACGCCGCGCCAGCUUGGCAGCACGCUGCCAGAGCAGCUUCCGUGCUGGGCCGGCCAGCGGCGUGCCAGUGGCUUGGCCCCGCAGGCCCCGCUGGACGGCGACCUCUUGUCCCGCGAGUUCUCGCCAAACCUCUCCUUCCGCCAGUCACGGCGCAUUUUCCGCGACGUCUUGUUGGGGCUCGAGUACUUGCACAUGCGGGGCAUUGUGCACCGCGACAUCAAGCCGGCCAACUUGCUCGUCAGCUCGGACGACACCGUCAAGAUCUCGGACUUCGGCGUGUCGUUUGCGUCCUCGCUCGGCUCCACCGAGGACGGCGUCUACUUCAGUGACAUGGAGUUGGCGAAGACCGUCGGCACCCCGGCGUUCUUUGCCCCGGAGCUCUGCCAGACCUCCAUAGCGGACGGCAACACCCCGGCCGAGGCGUCGGCGCAUGCCAGCCCGCCAGAACCGGCCUCUCCCGCCACGGCCAGAGGCUCGCCCAGUCUCCCCAAGGUCGACCACAAGAUCGACAUCUGGGCCUUGGGCGUCACCCUCUACUGUCUUCUCUUUGGGCGCGUGCCUUUCAACGCCGACUCGGAAUUCGCCCUCUUCAGCGUCAUUGUCAACGAGGAGCUUCAGUUCCCGGACUCCCGCUCGUCGUUCUGCUCCCCACAGGAGGUGGCGGAGGAAGAGUUUGUGCUCGCGAAGGAUCUCCUCCGCAGAAUGCUAGACAAAAACAGCAAGCGCAGAAUCGACAUCGACGAGAUAAAGCGCCAUGCGUUUGUCCUCAUGGACUUGGAGAACGAUCCUGCAAAGCUCCACGAGUUCUACUUCCUCAACUCCGACCACCCCCACCCCGAUCUGGAUGGCAAAGAUCGUUCCCAGAACUGCAGCCCGACGGUGGGUGCUGCCACCAGAGUUGGCGGUAUCAUUGUGAAGUCUUCCACCAAAUACAGUACGCCAAGCAUGGCUUCCGCCUCUGCUACUACUGUGGAUGGCGAUGCUCCGCAUACGGCGAAAGAGCAUGGACAGAGCCCCAUGAUCACGCUGGUCGACGAGACGGGCAUGGCUAAUGGAUCGACCGCCUCUUCUUUGAAAGGCCAAAAAUCUCCUCUGCCGUCCCCAGUGGCGGCGCUGGGAUCCGCACAAUGCUCACCAAAAUUGACCCAUGGGUCAAUAUUGACUACAUCUUCACAGCCAAAUCAUACAAAUCCACUCAUACAGUCUACAAGCAAAGCAUCAAUUGCAAUCGGAAACUCUUUACUCCACGAUGUGAUGGACUUUGGCUCGACUCUUCGAAGAGACAGCCUGGGCUCUCUAGAGGCACCGCGAAUAGAGACGAAGAGAAAUGUGGGAGGCGAUCUCUACAUGAAAACCCAGUCUGCACUCGAGGCAUUCAAGGAUAUUCAAAAGUCGGAUGAUAAGCGGAGAAAAUCCAGCUUAUUUGCUAACUUGAGCCGCAAUUCCAGUUUGUCAGUUUCAGGCAAGCAAAACAACCCUUCGCAUGAUAGUCAUUCUCAGACGCAGCACGUCGCUUCCAUACCAAUUGGCUCUCAUGUUGAAUCAUCUCUGAGCAAAAUUAAGGUCGGUCCAAUAAGCAUUGAUUCAAAUAGGAGACCUUCAUCUGUUAUUUCAUUACCUUUGACGGAAAGUUUUGCGUCUUUAGAUAGCUUCAAUGACGCCUAUCUCAAUUCCAAGUACCAGGAGUUCAAAAAGAAGAAACACGCAAUGAGCCUUAUGAAUGACAGUGUGACGCAGUCCGAUUCUGCGCUAGCCAAAGUGAUGGACACGUCUCAUGGAAUAACCGAGAAAUUCAAGAAUUUCAACUUAGGGUAUCUGAUGGCUAGAGAAAGCAAAACUUCAGACGUUCGCGCUGGCACGAACCAUGACGAAGUUGAGCCCCGAGCUGCUAAGAAAACUUUUGUCAAUUUACACAACUCCUCGGAUUCGGAAUCAUGCAGUUCUCAAUCAUCGUGCUCUCUGAACAGUAGUAGCGAGAACGAGGAAGAAGGUAACCUCACACUCAAGUUCCCAUCGAAGGUGGCUCCCAGACUGAGGCCGCCGUUUUUGACACUUGGAAAUCGAGCGUUUUCUCAUGAUUCAAAUCUCACAGAAUUGGCGCAUCUGCCAAAGACAAACUACUACACCCCUUAUCUGUUCCAAGAGCUGCUUCUUGAACUUGAGGACGUUCCAGAAAGUUUGAUGGGAGGUGGGCCAAUUCCUGCGUUGCCCGAACCUAUUCCAAAACUGGAAACUGUGACUGAGGACCCAGUGACAGUCGGAUCGCCCCCAUUGGCGAGUCAGUUCUUGAAAUCGAAAAUAGUCCAGAACAACCCAGCUCAAAGCUCUCCAUUGAGAACUGAAAUAGUUGGUACACCCGAUAGUUCGCAGGCAGGUGGUAUGAUGCAAGUGGGUCUAGAUGCGCAAUUGAGCAGAAAAGAUUCUGAAGUAAGAAAUUAUACCAUCGACAGAGGCUAUUUCAACAACCACUACAAGAAGGAGCAUGUCAGAGGCCCUCUACCAUUUUCAAAGCACCUAGACGCUGAUAAAGAGAGCCAAUCAAAAUUGAACUCAAAAAGUUUGAUUGGAAAGCAUGUUAGACCCCACUACACUCGCUCAAACUCCAUCACGUUGGGGCUACUUCAGCACGAG